CUCGGUGUGAGGACACAUCUAAGGACCGAGCUCUACCACAGUGUGUUCUCCUAGUGUUGGAGGCCGUGCAGUGCGGCGUGGCGAAGAAAGACGAUAGGUUAGAGGAAAAGGUUACGUAACGAGAGUAGCCAACAGCAGUUGAGACGUUCAGGAUCGUGGUGACCUUCCGGAACAAGACCAUGCUGCAAAUGUGUGGGAUUGGAUGAUGGAUACUUCAAUGGCCGCCACGGACUUUCAGUGGCCACACUUGGGUGCCCGCUAUGGAAUGAGAGCGGCACUGGUGAUAUUAUCUGGGUCACUUUUGAUGGUCCUCGUCCCCCUGAGUGGUCUGGAGGAACAUUACAGAGCAGCUCUGAAAGUUCUCCUUCAUUAUGACCUCUGGGGAGGAGAUGAGCGCAUACACACAUACACAGGGCAAUCAACGGGUCUUACCGUUACUUCAGCUGCAAUCGAAUUUCUGGUGUUCAAACAGAAACCUUCCCCAGAGGUGGCGUUUGAAGCCAGAGCGUCUCUUAACCAAGCCCUAGAAAUGAAGCGUCAAGGCAAAAGAGAAAAGGCACAUAAACUUCUUCUCCACACCUUAAAGAUGGAUCCAGAUCAUGUGGAUGCUCUUAACGAGCUAGGUAUCCUCUUGGAGGAAGAAAAAGAUGUCAUCCAGGCAGACUACCUGUAUUCCAAAGCAUUAAUGAUCUCUCCCUACAAUGAAAAGGCUCUAAUAAACCGCGACCGGACACUGCCAUUGGUUGAAGAAAUCGAUCAGAGGUAUUUCAGUAUAAUUGACAGCAAGGUCAAGAAAUUGAUGUCCAUUCCAAAGGGUAGCUCAGCUCUCCGCAGGGUCAUGGAGGAGUCCUAUUAUCACCACAUUUAUCACACGGUGGCCAUUGAAGGCAACACACUUUCAUUGUCUGAAAUCCGCCAUAUAAUUGAAACCCGCUACUCAGUGCCUGGUAAGAGCCUUGAGGAACAAAAUGAAGUGGUUGGCAUGCAUGCAGCCAUGACAUAUAUGAACACCACUUUAGUUUCUCGUAUUGGUUUUGUGACAAUCAACGACAUACUGGAGAUACACCGGAGAGUGCUCGGCUAUGUGGAUCCCGUGGAAGCUGGGAGAUUUCGCACUACCCAAGUGUUUGUGGGUCAUCAUAUCCCACCACAUCCCAGAGAAGUUGAAAAGCAUAUGCAGGAGCUUGUGCUGUGGCUGAACUCAGAUGAAGCAAUGAGCUUACAUCCUGUGGAGUUUUCAGCCUUGGCGCAUUAUAAACUGGUCUAUAUCCACCCAUUUAUAGAUGGUAAUGGAAGGACUUCACGCUUGCUCAUGAAUCUCAUUCUCAUGCAGGCAGGAUACCCACCGGUAACCAUCCGGAAAGAGCAGAGGUCUGAAUAUUAUCACGUUUUAGAACUGGCAAAUGAAGGGGACGUGAGACCUUUUAUUCGAUUUAUUGCCAAAUGUACAGAGACAACCUUAGAUCUGUUUUUGAUAGCCACAGCAGAGCAUCCGGUUGGUCUCCCAGAACCCAAUUCUGAUCUCUUUGAGUGCAAGCAAACAAUUCCAGUGAAGACCUAAACUUUUAAACUAUACUGCGGCCCUUGUUGCCUUAAACUGUUACACUUCCCAGAGAUGUCGGCUGCAUCUUCUUAAUUUAUUUGAAUGAUUUUGCUGCUACAAUUCUUGAUCAUUUCAUACCUACAGGAUUGUGCCCCAGUGCAAACUAACAAUUAUACAACACCCAGUUUUAUGGCUUGUUUCCUAAAGCACUUCAUGUGUUUGUGGUUCUCCAACUUCAAAAGCACUUUACGGCCCUAAACAUACAGGCUGUGUUUAGUA